CACAGUGACGGCUUCUAGUUUGAAAAGGCAAAACUUGGCAUCAAAAUGCAUAGAAUGUGGCUUCACCAUUUAUUUUUUCUGGGAUGUAUUCUAGCAUAAUCUUUGCAUUACCUAGACCAAUGACCUGUUGUUUGUAUGAAGUUCAACAUAUUGCCACAAUGUCCACAAUACUGCAUAAAAUAUUUUUUGAAGUUCUUGUCAUGAGAUAUAUGAACUUUAGUACCUUAUUCUCUAGAUGUACUACUGGUUCCUCUUAACUGCCAUCUAUUAUUUAAACACCUGCUGGACAUAUAGAAAGCCCCAAAUCAGCACACUCUAUAGAAAGCCUUGAUGUGCUGCAGAAGAUACUCAUUGGAUUGCUGAGCCAAUGUUGCCUCCACUUCUAAGCAAGUUAUUUCUAAACAGAAUCAUAGGAAAAACUGAAAAACAGAGAAAUAAAUUGAUAAAAUAUAAGUUAAACAAAUAAAUAAAUGCUUGGUUUAUAAUUUUGCUUCUGGAGACAGAUAAUAGUGGACAGCAAUGGAUAAAUUAGAUACUCAGGAAGACCUAACAGCACUUGAUGAGCAAAUUGAUGAUGACAAGGUUGGUAAUGUUCCUGCUGCUGUUAACCCUGUGGAUGAAGAGGUGCAGUCUUUGAUUGAUGAGAAUCCUGAAACAACAGAGGAGCUGGAUCUGCAUCCAACAGUAACUGAAAAUGAAGUACACUCUGAAGUCACAGAUGCAACUGAAGAAAAGGCACCAACUGCAGACCUGGGGCCUCCCUUAAUGAUAAGUAAGACUGUUGAAGAAGAAGAGGAACCCAAAACAGUUAACAAGGAGCAUUGGACUGGAGAUGUGAAACAAACAGAAGAUGAUACUCUUCAAAUAGAAAGUUGUCCACCUGAGAAAAUAUUGAGCCCUACUGGUGAAGAAGAAAUAGAGGAAAUAGAAGAACCAAUGACUAAAGAACGUGAAGAACUUCUGGAAAGAUACACAAUCCUAAUGGAAGAGAAAAUGAGGGUAACCCAGAUGAACAGUGAAAUCCAAAAUAAACUGGUAAACUACUUCUGCAGUUAUCCUGCAUAUGAUACACAAGAUAAGAAACAAAUAAUACCACUGGACCUGAAAAAACAAUACUUUGCUUGCACCACCAACAUUGAGAAUCUAAAAAAACUGCACAAGGAAGCCUUUGAGAGAUCUGAAAAACAAGUAGAAAAUUUGAGGACAAAACAGGAAAAAAUAGCAAAUAAGGUGGAAAAUCAGUUUAAAGCAUUGUCAGUAAAGAAAAAGAAUAUCCUGGUAGAAGAGCUGAGGACUAGGUUAGGUACAGUAGCCGCUCUAAGGGAGGUGGAAAAGUUUCAAACUAAUGAACGGCAGAAGGAAACUGAGAUAAUCCAUGUGAGGCUGGACAAUAUUAAGAUAAAGCACAAGAACAAGAAGCUGUACAACACACUUCGAUCCAAAGAAGAAGUGCGAGAAAGAGUACACUUAACUGAUUUUGAGCGAUUGAAAGAGGAAAGCCUAACCCACGGUGAGAAAAUAGACAAGCGAAAUGCAGAGGUUCUUGCAUUACAAAAUAAAUUCGCCGAUACAAUUACAAAUCUUACACACAUCAGGGAGAAGCUGCUGCACACGGAGAAGAACACUGAGAAGAAAAAAACACAUCUUGUUAACUUGGAAGCCAUACUUAGUCAAAAGCAAGCCAUGAUUAGAAAGACAAAGAAAAUCAGAGACAACCUAUUGGAGGACAAUAUUGUGCUGGCACAGCAGUGUGAGUUCCUUGGAAAUAAAGUACUGCUUGAUGAUUAUGAAAAUAAAAUGGAUGACACUGUGAUGUUGAGCCAGAAGCUAGAUGCACUAAGACAAAAAUAUGCUGAAUUUAAAAUGACAUGUCAAGUGGUCAAGAAUAGACUAGGCAAGCCCACUUAA